AAAGCAGAGGUGACGGCCCAUUCGUAGUCCGCGACGUCAGCUGCAAAGUGAAAGGACCGGCCUUCUGGAGCUGCUGCCCCCUCACUCCCUGGACACCUAGAGCUCAGUACCAAGGCUGACGAGUACCAUUUAGAAGAAUGGAAGGUGAUGCAUCUGUCGACAUGUUUUCAAAAGUCCUGGAAAACCAGUUGCUUCAAACUACCAAACUGGUAGAAGAUCAUUUGGAUUCUGAAAUUAAGAAACUGGAUCAGAUGGAUGAAGAUGAAUUGGAGCGCCUCAAAGAAAAUAGACUUGCGGCACUAAGGAAAGCUCAACAGCAGAAACAAGAAUGGCUUUCUAAAGGACAUGGUGAAUACAGAGAAAUCCCUAGUGAGAGAGACUUUUUUCAAGAAGUCAAAGAGAGUAAAAAAGUAGUUUGCCAUUUCUACAGAGACUCUACAUUCAGGUGCAAAAUACUAGACAGACAUUUGGUGAUACUUUCUAAGAAACAUCUUGAGACCAAAUUUUUGAAGCUGAAUGUGGAAAAAGCACCUUUCCUUUGUGAGAGACUGCGUAUCAAAGUCCUUCCCACACUAGCACUCAUAAAAGACGGGAAGACACAAGAUUAUGUUGUUGGAUUUACUGACCUAGGAAAUACAGAUGACUUCACCACAGAAACUUUAGAAUGGAGACUUGGCUGUUCUGAUAUUCUUAAUUACAGUGGAAAUUUAAUGGAGCCACCAUUUCAGAGCCAAAAGAAAUUUGGGGCAAACUUCACAAAGCUGGAAAAGAAAACUAUCCAAGGAAAGAAAUAUGAUUCAGACUCUGAUGAUGACUAGAGCUCAAUUGCACAUUGUCUGUUUAUAUCUGCUUACAUGUAAAUGUGUUUUUGUAAAUUCCAUUAAUUUCAAUACACUGAUCAUCAAAUACUAAUAUUCUGGGAAUUUUAUACAUUGAAAGUCAUCUUUAUUGUCUGGGAAACCAUGUUUAAGUGAAGGAAACUGGAGUUUUUAAAUUGCUUGGGAAGGGUCUGGUUUCUCUAUUUUUCACAGUUUCUACCAUAAUAUGAUUCUUACAUCUUUAUACCAUUCACAAUUAUGUUUUAAUCUACUGAGUUAGAAAUAGAAAUUCCAACUACUCCAGGACUAAUUCUUGAGCAGCAUUAUUUACACAGUAAGUCAGCUUACAUUUAAUUGUAUAAUGCCUUGCACUUGUAAAUUAAUCAUAAGCACUUCGGUGGUGGAAAAUAUUUAAACAGCUAUUAAAGAACUGCUCACUUAA